AUGCAGGGCCAAGGCAACCGCUCAAGGGAAGCUGAACCUCUAACUGAUGAGGACAUAGACCAGAUAUGGGGAGAUGUGAAGCUGCGAACCACUUCCGAGGGUGAUGAAUUCUUAGAGUUUCAUGAGAGGCAGACAAAAACACGCACUGGUGAGAAUCUGGGCGACUACAGGAAGGUCAAGCCCAAGAUGUUUGAUGUAAAUUCUCCUCGUGACCCAAUCGCCAUGUACAAAGCUUAUUCAGCAAAACCGUGCCAUCGCCAGCCCAUCGAUCCAGACCCUUUGGAAGAAACCGGUUAUACGGAGCCAACGCAAGAACCCGAGCCGAUGGAAGAAACCAUCCAUCACGAGCACAGGGAAGAUACUGAGCCCAUGACAGAACCAGUCCUGGAAGAGCCGAUGUCUGAGCCCACGGCAGAACCUGUCCAGGAAGAGCCGAUGCCUGAGCCCACGGCAGAACCCGUCCAGGAAGAGCCGAUGCCUGAGCCCACGGCAGAACCCGUCCAGGAAGAGCCGAUGCAGGUUGACGCUCACUUCGACAUGAGUUUUGACGUAAACCACAGAGUGGCAGAUGACCCGGAAGAACCACAAGACACGUGA